AAUCGUUUCGGUCAGUUCAGUGAACGAUGAACUUGCUCAAGGUUCUGAGUGGUCGUCUUGAGGUGAUAGAUGAUUCAACCAGCUCAUCGGAUUUAGUGAACAGACUCGUGGCUGUUGGGCCAACGGAAGAAUCACUUCAUCUGGUCGAGCUGGACAAUUUGGUCAAACGUCACUACCAAUGGUUGACAUGUUUGCCCCGGGUUCGUCCAUUCUACGCUAUCAAAAGCAACAACGAUCCGGCCGUGGUGGAGACUCUGGCUUUGUUGGGCUGUGGUUUCGAUUGCGCCUCCAAGGGCGAAGUUCAGCGGGUUUUGGACCUCGGGGUGCCCCGGGAAGCGAUCAUUUACGCUCAACCUGCGAAGACCAUUGAAGGACUGCUGUUUGCCCGGGAACGAAACGUACGCACCGUUUUCGAUUGUGAGCUCGAAUUGAGAAAAAUUCAGCAGUAUUAUCCGGAGGCCGAGGUUUUAAUCCGGUUUCGAUUUGAUGCCAAGGAUGCCCAGGCUCAGUUGGGCACAAAAUUCGGUUGCGAUCCGGACGAAGAAGCUCGAUGGCUGCUGGAUUUGGCAAAGCAGCUUAACAUCAAAGUAGUUGGCUGGUGUUUCAACGCAGGAUCCGGAUGCACCGAUGGGAAAAUUUAUUAUGAAGCCAUUAAAAAAGGUCGCCAAAUAACCGAUUACGCCGAAUCGAUUGGGUUCAACUUUUGGUACCUGGAUUUGGGUGGAGGAUACUUGGGGGAUAAAGGUGAAAGUCUUGCGGAACAUGCCGUUCAUAUCAACAAGGCAUUGGAUGAGUUCUUUCCUGAGAAGCCUGGUCUUCAAGUGAUUGCUGAGCCAGGCCGAUAUUAUUGUGCCAGUGUGGUAACAUCGGUAGUUCCGAUUCAUGGCAAGCGUGUUUUCCACAACAGUAAAAACCGGGAUCAAGUUGAUCAUAUUUUCUAUUACCUCAACGAUGGGAUCUAUGGAAGUUUCUACAGCGCUAAGUACGAGGGCCAAAAAGUGCUUCCGAUUGUCUGGAAAUCUACCGACGAAUGUGGUCCCAUUCGACGGACUACACUUUUUGGUCCAACCUGCGACGGGAAUGAUUUUUUUGCUCAAGGUAUCGAGCUGCCGGAGCUUCAAGUAUCCGAUUUUCUAGUGUUCGAAAAUCAAGGAGCUUAUUCUCAUGUGACGGCUUGCCGUUUUAAUGGUUUUAACCUACCCAAGUCGGUAGUUUUUAUCAGAAGGAGCGUUUGGCAUCUCUUGGAGGAAGUUGCAAUGGAACAAUCAAGCCCCAAAAAAUUAGUAUUGAACUCCAGCUAUCUUCAGAAUAACAGCGAUAUGCAAAACAUUAAAUUUCGAUGA